CUCCUUAUUACCACUCUCAGAUCCCACCCCAUUUGCCCACAAAAAUUAUAAGAAAAGAGAGAGAGCUGAAUCUACACUUGUAUUAUUUUUUAUUAUGGCUCUGCUGACUUUCUUGCCGGAGGCGGCGGCGGAGCCCAUGAAACAACCGCCGAAGCGCCGCAGAAAGCAAGUGAAAAGGCAAAAGCAACCCACCACGUCUUCUUGGGAUCAAAUCAAGAACUUGCUCACUUGCAAACAGAUGGAACGGUCCAAAGUCCACGACCCUUCGAAGAACAAUAACCCGGCGCCGCCUCAUCAUCAUCAACAUGGCUACUCAAAACUGGGUUCCUCUUGUAGCUCCAUCUGCAGCUUCAGGGACGUCGUUCAUGGAAACACGAGGGUUGUUCACAGAGCUGAUAACUCACCUGAGAGUAGCACAUUAGGUCAAGAAACUGCGCUGCUCAGACGCAAAGCUGUUAAUGGGUCGUCGUCGCGGUCCUUGUCGGGGUCAACAAGAUCCAAUAACAGCACCACCACCUCGUCUUCUUCAAGAGCUAUUCAAUUCAGGAAGCUUUCUGGGUGUUAUGAAUGUCAUACGAUCGUUGACCCUAGCAGGUAUCCAUCGUCAAGAACAAGCAUCUGUGCCUGCUCACAGUGCGGAGAGGUGUUCCCAAAAAUUGAAAGCUUGGAACUUCAUCAAGCAGUUCGCCAUGCAGUUUCGGAGUUGGGUCCAGAAGAUUCGGGCCGGAACAUUGUGGAAAUUAUUUUCAAAUCCAGCUGGCUAAAGAAGGACAAUCCGAUCUGUAAGAUCGAACGGAUAUUGAAAGUCCACAACAACCAACGCACCAUCCAACGGUUCGAGGACUGCCGCGACGCAGUGAAAACGCGCGCCCUUAAUAGCACCAGAAAGAACCCCAGGUGCGCCGCUGACGGCAACGAACUCCUCCGUUUCCAUUGCACAACCUUGUCCUGCUCCCUCGGCGCGCGCGGCUCCUCCAGCUUGUGCGGCUCCAUCCCCGGCUGCGGCGUCUGCACCAUUAUCAGACAAGGGUUCCAAAACAAAGGCGAAGGGACCGCGCCAGCCGCAGAAUUCAAGGGUGUCGUCACAACGGCUAGUAGCGGUAGGGCCCACGACUCAAUUAAGCGUACGGACGGACGUAGGGCCAUGCUGGUUUGCCGUGUGAUCGCGGGAAGGGUGAAGCGAGUGGCGGAUGAAGCGCCGCCGUUGGAGGACGAGAAUAGCAGCGGCGUAUCUUCCUCGGCUGGUUCGUACGACUCUGUAGCUGCGUACGCCGGGGUUUACUCCAAUCUGGAGGAGAUAGUUGUCUUUAAUCCAAGGGCUAUCCUUCCUUGUUUCGUAGUCAUUUACAAAGCACUUGAAUCUGGAGUGAUAUGAAAACUCAAAAUAUCAUUAUUUUCAUAGAAUUAGUGUAAUCAAACGAUGCUCAUUAACAGUGUACAUAAACUUUGAUCUUACGUUGUGCCACACGAGAUAAAAGCCCUUUCUUUUUGGGAUUGAAUUAUAA